AUGUCUGAUGAGAUAAGAAAACUUGCAUAUCAACCGCCACCUGAGACAGACCUUACCCGUUGGCGACUGAGCUGUGCAAAAGGACGGCAGAAAUGGUACUAUGUGCCAGAAGGGGAAGAAUGUGACCGCGAGCAGAGUGCCCUUGAGGCUUACUACUUGAAUUUGGACACCAGUAAAUUUUUCCCUGACUUGCCCAAAUCCAGGACAGCUCAAGAAGCUCUGCUGAAAGGGAUCAACGUCUUCUCACAUCUACAAGCAGAUGAAGGCUUCUGGCCUGGAGAGUGUGCUGGUAUCCUCACUAUUACACCAGCUAUCUUGUUUGCAUGCUAUGCUGCCAAGAUCUCACUGCCCGAAGCAGUCAAUAAAGAGCUAUUGCGCUAUAUACUCUCAAAACAACUUCCAGAUGGCGGCUGGGGUAGCCAUCUCAAAGAAGAUUCCACAAUCAGUGGAACGGUCUUCAACUAUAUCGCUAUGCGCAUGCUUGGGCUUGGACCUGACCACCCAGAUAUAGUGCGGGCCCGCAUCUGUCUCCAUAAGAAAGGUGGUGCUAUUGGAAUUGUCUACUAUGGUAAAAUUUGGCUGGCUGUUUUGAAUUUGUACAGCUGGGAGGGAUUAAAUGCACAGAUGCCAGAAUUAUGGCUCUUACCCUCUUGGAUGCCAGGUCAUCCUACCACAUAUUGGUGCCAUACUCGCCAAAUCUCUCUUCUGCUGACAUUCUGUUAUGCGAAACGUAUUACUGUGGAAGAAGACGAUUUGAUCCGGAGUUUAAGACAGGAACUCUAUGUGGAGGACUUCUGCGGCAUUAAUUGGCCAGCCCUGAAAAACUUUGUUACUGAAUCUGAUGCUGAGACUCCACAAUCAUGGAUAAUGACUGCUUUUUAUGGAUUAUUCAAUUUCUAUGAAAAAUAUCACUUCACCAGUUUCAGAAAGAAAGCGCUUGCGGAGAUGUAUGAUCUUAUCAAGUCAGAUGACAUAUUCACAAACUUUAUCAAUUCUAGCCUGGUCUUAGUACCUCAGACAUGGAACACAACGUUUGCUGUUCAAAGCUUCCUUGAGGCUGGUAUUCAGAACAACCCUGAAUAUGAAUCCUGUCUUAAGAAAGCCAAUGCGUACCUGAAAUCCUCACAGAUACUAGAUAAUCCGCCCAACUACCAGAGAUACUAUCGCCAAAUGAAUAAGGGAGGAUUCCCUUUCAGCAACCCAGAUAAUGGCUGGAUAAUCUGUGACGGCACUGGAGAAGCAAUAAAGACAUUGAUGUUGCUGGAGGAAAAAUGCCCGUUCAUAGAAGAACAUGUGGAGCCUCAGCAGUUCUUUGAUGCUGUCAAUGCGAUGCUGGACAUGAGAAAUGCUAAUGGAGGUUUUGCUCCCUAUGAAGCCAUGCAUGGAAACUACCUAUUGUCACUCAUGAACUCUGGAGAUAUGUAUAGCGAUUAUAUACUAGAUCGUGCCUGUGUUGAAUGUACGUCAUCAGUUAUGCAAGGAUUAAAAUAUUUCCAGAAGAGAUUUCCAGAUCAUCGUGCAGAUGAAAUCAGUGAUACUCUCAAUAAGGGUUUGCAGUUUUGUCGUAAUACGCAAAGAGGAGAUGGCGGCUGGUAUGGGACAUGGGGUCUGUGUUUCACAUACGGCACCUGGUUUGCACUGGAAGCAUUUGCAUGUAUGGGAUACACUUAUCAUGGUCGCAUGGCAUGUGAGGAGGUGACCAAGGCUUGUGAGUUCUUAGUCUCCAAACAAAUGGCAGACGGUGGUUGGGGAGAGGAAUUUGAAUCCUUCAGACAUCACAAAUAUAUUCAGCAUACCAUAUCCCAGAUCCACCAUACUGCCUGGGCUCUACUGGGACUGAUGGCUGCUAGAUAUCCUGAUGUUCGUGUCCUGGAAAGGGGGAUCAAGGCUGUGAUCGACAAGCAGACAACCAUUGGGGAUUGGCCUCGGGUGUGUUACAGGUUUUAUUGA